ACAGAGACACCAGCAGCAAAUGGAGGCCAUCGUGACACAGCAACAAAGCCCAGCAGAGAAUUGUCUGUUGUUGGAGGAGUGCAAAGACUUUGAAAUAUUUGACUCAUUUACUGGUAUCCUUGGAAACAGUCCACCCUUAACAUCUCACUGGGAGCAGUGGGACACAUAUUGUGAGGAUCUGACCAAGUACACAAAGCUAACUAGUUUUGAAAUAUGGGGAACAAAAGAGGUGGAUUAUCUUUGUCUUGAUUACUUUUCAAGUCCCUAUCAGGAUGAAGAAGUUAUCAGUAAAACCCCCACUCUUGCUCAGCUAAACAGUGAGGAGCUUUGUGAAGACCUAUUUGAAAGAGUCCCCAUACCUGUGUAAAAGGCUUUGAGUGGUGCUGAAAUGAACAUGGAUGAAAUUGAUCAGGUGAUCAUAGUGGGUGGAGCCACUUGUGUACCUAAAGUUCAAGAAUGGCUUCUUAAAGCAGUGGGCAAGGAGGAGUUGGGAAAGAACAUAAAUGCAGAUGAAGCAGCAGCUAUGGGGGCUGUAUAUCAAGCAGCUGCUCUUAGCAAGGCAUUCAAAGUUAAGCCAUUUGUAGUUCGAGAUUCAGCCAAGGAAAAUACUUGUUUUUGUGGUGCUGUAGCCAAAAAGCAGGAAAGGACAAUUGAAGAGCCCUCCAUAGGCCGAAGAAGCUGUGCCAUUUUGCCUUUCAUAGAGACUCAAAAGCUUUUCUGUCCUC